AUGGCGCUGCGUUGUUCUCGGGACUUCCGCAGGUACGGGCGGAGCGCCAUUAAAAAUCACAGGCACCCGACGAGUUGCCUCGUCACGGGCGUGGCUUCGGGCGGUGGGGGAACGUUUUGCUUCUUCCGGCAGCGGGGGGUGUCGAGUUGGCGGGGGCGCCGUUGCAGCGCUCUUGCGGCCCUUUCCUCACACAGGCGGAUUAUCCUGCUUUGUCGACAUGCGCUGAGCGUCUGGCUCAACACAUUGGUGUCUGCACAGGAACUGCCGCGUUGCAGGGUGACGCCAGUUAAGGGGGGGGGGGGGGGGGGCUUGGUGCAGCAAUCGGGCAUGAUAUUGCGCCCUAUUUGGUGCCUACGGUGUGGAUGUGCGUGUUUUUUUUACAUGCGCGCGAUCGCAGAGCAUCCCCGCGGAUGGCGCGUGGCGGGGUCGAAUGGGAUUCGAUCCCGAACGAGCAGUGAGUCUCGGGACUUUGUUUGA